AUGAACGCACAAACCAGUAGUGCUUCUUCAGAUCCACGCAGACCCGGCCCUGUCGACUCCGGUUGGCCCAAAGGCCCAGGACGGAAAGACAAAGAUACAGAUGCUUCCAGCUCAGGAUGGGGCUCGGGGUGGGGAGAAAAGAGUUCAGGACAAAGGGAGAAGAGUUCUGGAUGGGGAGAUAGCUCUGGACGGGGAAGUGGUCCAGGGUGGGGAGAAAGUUCAGGGUCGGGGGAACCUUCAGACAAGGCGGACAAGACAAACAGCGGUUGGGGUGGCUAUUCAGGGUGGGGAAGCCCUACAGGCAAGGUGGAUAGUAGCUGGGGUGGAUCAGGCACAGGGUGGGGAAGCCCAGCACGUAAAGCGGACAAGGCAGACAGUGGCUGGGGUGGAACAGGCGCAGGGUGGGGAAGCCCAGCGGGCAACAAGGCAGACAAUGGCUGGGGUGGAACAGGCACAGGGUGGGGAAGCCCAUCAGGCAAAGCGGACAAGGCAGACAGCGGCUGGGGUGUAACAGGUUCAGGGUGGGGAAGCCCGGGCAAGGCAGGCAAUUCCUGGGGAGAACCAGUGUCUGCUGCAUCUUCUACGCCAAUCACGUCAACCUGGAGCGCACCGACCCGUAAGGAUUCGUUCACGGCAUCAGGAAGUGCUACACCAAUGGCUUCUACACCCACGACGAGCACACCAACUACGCGGGAAGCACCACCUUUACCUAUUGCUCGUCGAACAUCGAAGACGUCUGUUAUCGAGCCGCGAAAGACUUCGCUCGCAUCGGCGACUUCAGAAAAGGGCACGAUGGGCCCCCCACCAGUUCCUGCAUCGGCUAAAGGAAAGGAAGUGGACAGGACAUUGUUUAAACCUAUUACGGCCUCCGCCAACAUGUCGCAAUCAGCCUCGGAGCGACGACCCACCCCCAAGCCGACUACACAGCCAUCCUCUUCCACUAGGAAGGAGCCUUCGACAUCAGGGCCCGUGAGGUUAUCUACAAAGCGCACCGCUUCUAAGGCUGUACUUUUCAAACCGAAUAAGGUCUACAAGAGACCCACGACUCCUGCCGAAAGGAAAUGGCUCUAUAGAGAGAUUAUACGCCAGAUGAAAUGUGCCGUUAUCGCCGACGUCCAGUAUCGUCAAGCCCACAAGCAGCGACAGCAGUGGAGGACAGCUUCAAAGUCGAAUUACUAUAUGAAUACAGCGCCUAGCGGCCGCACCAGAGUGGAAGCUGCUUUAGAAGACUCCAAGAAGAGGAGUGAUAAAUACAGGAUGAAGCGAAACCAGCACCUCUUGGAACUCUGCUGCCUCCCGAGUUUACCGACCAAGGCGAAGGUAUUCGAUAUCGAGGCCGACAAACAAAAGGUCCUUGGGUAUACUGUGGAGUUGAAGAACUGGAUCAGGGCCCUCAAUCUACCUGCGAGACUUGCGCCACUACUUCCUCUUGAAGAGCGAGAGGAGCCUUCGCAUUCUCAGCCGGUCGCACAAUCCACAGACGGCGGUACAACCAAAGCGGAGGCCCCUACCGCUCCCGUAACUGCAGAAAGUGUCAUCGCCAAAGAACAAGAUCUUCGAGAAACAUGGGAGUCUGUGCAGAACCGUAUUGAAAGGCUGAACCGACAACUCCAAGAGCUCCACGACAAUGCCGCCUUGGGUGUAUACACCGAUUUCUCCUUUGCCGAGUUCGACGCCAAGUUCGAAGACUUCAAACAGGAGAUUAUCGCCAAACGGGAGCAGAAGGAACUUGGUAAAAUUAACGUGGCGAUUAACGGGCAUAGCGAAACGCUAGGACGAUUUGACACAAAGUUGCAAGACCAAGUUCAGGUUGCGAAAACGAUGUGCGAGCGAAUACAUGCUAUGGAGCAGCAUCUAGAGAAGGUUAGGAAGGAGAGGAUCGAGUUGGAGGAAUCUAACGAGGAGGAAGAAAAACGGUUAAAAAAGCUAGAAGCUGAUCAGGAGGAGAAAUCCCGGCUCAUCGCCCAACUGGCAAAAGAAAUCCGAGAAAAAGCUGCUGCUGCACAGGAACCCAAGCCGGAGCCAGAGCCUCAGCCAGAAGCAGAAUCUGAGCCAGCUCCUCCGAAACGUCGCCGUGUACGCCCCAUCACCCUCGAGGACAUUGGUCCUGAAAUCAAACAAAUCUUGCUCGACCGCAUCACGGAUGAGAUCAAGCCAAUUUUGCAGUCACUCGUCGACUCGACCAAGGACACCACCGAUCUUGUUAAGGCGGAACUGGACAGGAUGACGGAACCCAUUACACAGAAGACCCAGGCCAUCAUAAACUAUGCGUCUUCUGUCCCUAUUGCAACAAGCACCUAA